UACUCCCAUAAAAUCAGGAAUCUUCAAAACUAAUAACUAUAUCUUUCUCCGAAAUUAUCGGUACCUUGAAUCUCUAAAAAAUAAAUUUACAUUCGUGAGCAACUCCGGCUCAACCCUCUUGUCGCUGCUCUACCUUCACCGCCAUUUUAUGCACAAACCGUUCAUUUAAGCACACCUCUUUUUCUCUCCAAACCUCUUUUGAUCUAUCAAACCGUACUAUAAAAUCUCACAAUCUGGCCUUCCAUCUUCAAGCCGAGAAAUCAGUUACUAAUAACCAAUAUUUUGGGGUUGAUUAGCAAGAUUCAACAAAAUUAUGAAGGGGCUAAAAUUAGAGUUAGAAAAAGCUUCUCCUUCUUUGAGGAGCAAUGCAGUUUACUUUAGGGAUUCACACAUUAAUGGAUUUCCAUAGAUGUCCUUUUUUUGGAUUGCAUUGCUCCAUCUCAUGGCUGCUGUGAUGGGCCAUGGAGGUGACGGUGGUGACGAGCCACUACAUCCGUUCGGUGGAGGUUUUGGUGAUCACCAGAACGAUGAUUGGGGAGGUAUACGAAUGUUUCAUUUGGGAGGUUGGGAGCUAUAUGUGGCGGAACAUCGGUUUUGAUAAAGACACAUGGACAGACGUUUCCGAAGCCGAAAGGGUUGGAAUGUUGCAGUUUCUUUUGAGAUGGUUUGAUUUUGAUGCGAUUACAAAUCAUCACAUGGCUCCAACUUGUUGGGCGUCACUGAACAAUCGGAUAUGUGCGCGGUAUAGAGGCCGCAAAAAUAUUGCAAAUAACCGUUUGAUUGAUUUUGCAGGGGAUGUGAAGGCAGCAAGGGCUCAAGCCCCUACGGGUAUGGAUCGGCAGCGUUGGAAUGCUGCGAUUGACCAUUUCUUAAUGGAAAAACAUCAAAAACGAUCCGCUGGAAACAGAGAAUGCCAGAAGAAGCAAGUAGUGAAGAAUCGUGGAGGGACCUGCAGCUACGGUAGUGUUUGUUUCAAGAAAACUUGAAGUAUUUCAUGGUGCGCAUGUGAAUAAAAAAGGGGAAUUUGUUGAUCCUUUGGUUGAAGAGCAAUAUAAUGCCUUAGUUGCUGAGGUUGCUCUACAGACUCAUCACAUAGCCGACUCUGGUGGUGAUCCAGACACUAUUGAUUGGAUCGCAAUAUUUGAGAAGGUGUUGGGUACAUGAAGGGGGAAUGUGAAAGGCAUUGGGCCUAAAGCUUCUUCAGCCGCGGGUACAAGUGCUCCAUCCCAAUGACAGUCACAGUCACGAGCACCGCAACCAACACAGGAUGUUGAUGUGAAUGCUUUUUUUCGAAACCCGAGAUUUGUGAUGGCCAUUGGAGACAUUAUCCGCUCCUUUAAAAACCAAGUCAACAACAACGAGGAAAACAGUGAUGGGGAAGACGAAGGCGAAGACACAUAAUAUUUAUUGUUUUAUGUUAUGGAUGAUGUUAUUUUGGAUAUAUUAGAUAGUUUAUGGAUUAUAUAUUAGAUGUUUAUUUGAGAUUUAUUAGAUAUGUAAUAUGGUAUGUUUGAUGUUUUAUGUAAUGUGGUAUGUGUUUAUUAAUGUUAUUUUAUUAAA